AUGGCCUCGCUGGGGGACCUUGUGCGCGCCUGGCACCUGGGCGCGCAGGCUGUGGAGCGCGGGGACUGGGCCGGCGCCCUGCGCCUCUUCUCGGGAGUCCCGGCGCCGCCCGCCAGGCUGUGCUUCAACGCGGGCUGCGUGCACCUGCUGGCCGGGGACGCCGAGGCCGCGCUGCGGGCAUUUGACCAAGCAGUGACCAAAGACACCUGCAUGGCCGUUGGCUUCUUCCAGCGAGGAGUGGCCAACUUCCAGCUGGCGAGGUUCCAGGAAGCUCUGUCUGACUUCCAGCUGGCCCUGGUGCAGCUGAGGGGCCAUGCUGCCAUCGACUACACACAGCUGGGCCUGCGGUUCAAGCUGCAGGCCUGGGAGGUGCUAUACAAUGUGGCAUCAGCACAGUGCCAACUGGGGCUCUGGACAGAGGCGGCCAGCAGCCUAAGGGAGGCCAUAUCCAACUGGCCGGAGGGGUCCCUGAAUGGCCUGGAGUCAGCUCUGGACCAAGUGCAGAGACAGAGCUUGCUGCCGCUGAGGCAGGUCCCCAGGGGUGAGGUCUUCCGGCCCCACCGGCGGCACCUGGACCAUCUGGAGCCCGUGGAUUUCCUGGGCAAGGCCAAGGUUUUCCCCUCCACGGUGGCCUGGCAAACACGGGCCAGGUGGUGUCCUCUGCCAUCCCUGAUGACCAGCGCUGGGCCGUCCGCCUGCAGCAGCCGCAGGGACUCCGAAAGAGCUGGCACCCAGCAGGGCGCCCUCCACGCAGAGACAGAGGUCAGUGCUGAGUGCUGCACGUUGGCUGCCUACCGAGAGCAGGUGCGUGGACAGGGCCUCUCCCUACUCGGGGUCGGAGCUCCUGCUGCUUCCUCAGGCUGGGGACCACAGUGGAACCAGCACCAGGGCGGAGGGAGCAACUCACUGGGGUUCGACAGGGCCAGCCAGAGGCCCCAGAUGGAGCAAGAUGGCAAACCAGCUCCUCUGUCUCCAGGGCCUGAUUUAGUGGGAGAGGUUGUGUCAGUCUUGCUCUGUCCUGCAGGGCCGCCAGCAACGGGGGCACCUGGCCCCAGCCCCUCUGAGGACCCAGCAGCUGCUGGGAGAGCAGGUGCGGGGUACGCUGAGCCGCUGGUGACUGUCACCGUGCAGUGCGCCUUCACCGUGGCCCUGAGGACACGAAGAGGUGCCGACCUGUCCAGCCUUCGGGCACUGCUGGGCCAGGCUCUCCCUCACCAGGCCCAGCUGGGACAACUCAGUUACCAAGCCCCAGGUGAGGAUGAGCGCUGGGUCCCCAUCCCCGGGGAGGAGUCACUGCAGAGGGCCUGGCUGGACACGGCCGCCAGCCCCCGGGGACUGCAACUGCAGUGCAGGGUGAGGGAGCUGGGGGCCGACCGGUCCUCUACCAGGUGGUGGCCCAGCAUGGCUACUCAGCUCAGGGGCCAGAGGACCUGGACUUCAGACAGGGGGCCACGGUGGACGUCCUGUGUGAAGUGGACCAGGCGUGGCUGGAGGGCCACUGUGACGGCCGCAUUGGCAUCUUCCCCAAGUGCUUCGUGGUUCCUGCUCACCCUCGAAUGUCGGGAACCCCGGGCCACCUGCCCCAGUCCCAGCAGGGAGAUCAGCCUUAGCAAUGCUGUGUCCACAAUGGUUUUAAUAAAAGCAACAUCCCACUGCAGUCCAACCCUCCAAGGGGGUGUGGGAGGGCAGCCUGGCCCAGAGACCCUGGGCCUUGACUCUGUCCAUCUGCUCAGACAACAGCAAGGAGAUCAGGGUCUGGGCGGGGCAGCUCCCUCCUCUUCGCCCCAGCUGCCCCUCCUGAGGCCCCGCAGCCACACAGCCUGGAGGCGCGGCAGUCCUGGUGGCCGGUGUGCAGAAAGGCAUCCAGGGCCCUGGAAGCCCAGUGGGGAGGGCCCCAGGGAUGCCGGGAGGGGAGGCCACACAGCACCCUGAGGGUGCCCCAUCGGUGGCUGUCACCUGAGGGUGGGCAGAGACACACAGCAAGGCCCCAUGGCGCUCGGGGCUUGGGAAGCCGACAGCAUCCCAGGCGCAGCUGCCUGAGGGUUCUGCGGGGCGUGCCUCUGCCUUCCUGCUAGUCCUGCACCCAGAAGAGCUGAAUCGCGGCAGCCGCCAGCACUGCCACCAGGGUCAGCACCAGGAACACCACUAUGGCCACCCAGACGCUGUAGCUCUCUGCCCGCCACUGAGCCGGCGCCUCAGCCGGGAUCAUCCCAGUCAGGUUCAGCAUGUAGCCCAGCGUCCAGCCGAUGUCAAUGCCACCCGCCUGCGGGACACACAGCUGCUCAGGGCUGCAGGGCAGCUACCCCGGGGCAACACCCUGCCCACGCCCUGGGGAGGUGGUCACCUGCUUUCGGAACUGGAUGCUGGGCCAUGACUCCUCACUGAAGCCGUAGCCGUCUCGAAGAAGGGUGAGGAUGUACAGGCCUGAGGCACAGUAGUCACGCAGCCAGCGGUCCUGGCCAGGGUAGCUGGCCUCCACCUGGGGUGCAGGAGGUCAAGGGGCCAGGUGAGGGCCCUGAUCCCUGGUCACGCUGGGACUGCCUAUCUGCCCUGGCCAACCUGAGUGCCCAGACAAGAGGGGGUGCUGGGCAGUAGCAGAGGCCCCUUCCCGCUGUCCCCGUGGGGCUCCACUGACCAGCCAAGUGGUACAGGGUGCAGCCCCCUCAGCAGGCCAGAGGCUGGGCUCAGUUGCAGCCGUGGCCCCAGCCUCCUACCUGGAGCUGUCCUCUGUCCAUGCCUCCCCAGCCCUACUGGCCACUCUCCCCAGAAUGAGGUUCCAGCAUCCUGUCCAGGGUAGCCCUGCACCCUCAGGAACCCUCACUGUAGCCAGGGCCCACCCACCAGCUUCCAGGACCUCCGGCAAAACUCCCAGAUGGUGGCGUUGGCAGUGCUCAGGGGCUGCCCGGAGGUGAGGUUCAGAAAGUGGAAAGUGUAGUAGAAGUUGGAGAAGGCCUAGGCAGGAGGAGAGGGGGCUGUGGCCAUAUGGGUCAGACCCCACCCACCUGGGCCAAGAGCCAACCUAGGCCUCUCCGGGGCCUGCUGGAGUCAGGCAGGCACCCAGGGCCCCACAAGGAAGCCAGGAACCCAGGGCGGGGGUGGUGUGGGUGCUCACAUAGAACUGGCCCCGUACUGGGGGCUGGUAGACCCCGUUGAAGGCACAGUCUUCCUGACCCUGGCAAGCAGAGAAGUUGAAAAGUUCCUGGAUGGCCGAGACGCAGGCCCCAGGGUUGCCUGUCCCUUCAACUGUAAGAUUCUGGGGAAGGCCCAGAGGAGGUGUGGUGUCGACACAGGGUGACUUGUACAAGGGGGCCAGGGCCAGCGUGGUCCGGUAGCCGCUGAGGUAGCAGGGGUGACGGAGCAGGGCAGCCGGGUGGCUCUGCAGAGGGCAGGGAGGCCUGAGCACCAGCCCCAUACCCACAGUCCUUUCCAUCCUGGGCCUGAUAACCCACACCAGCCCCGCACCCAUAGUUCUGUGCACCCUCCCUGGGUCUGGACCACCCGCGCCAGCCCCAUGCCCGUAGCUCUGUUCCCUCAGCCCCGUGCGCCCUCCCCUGGGCUGGCUGACCUGCACCAGCCCAAUAAGGAGCCUGCUCAGCAUCUGGUCCCGUCCAAAGCAGAGGUAGCUGUGCGUGUAGACGCUGUAGUCAGAUCCAUAGAGGCGAAAAUCGGCCUGCGUGCUCUUGUCCAAGAUGGGGCCCCCAGGCACAAAGGUGAUCUGGGUGGAGGCCCCCCCCAUGUCCAGGGCGCCCACCAGCAUCUCCUCUGGAGGCCGGAUCCAUUCUCCAGUGAAGGAGUACUGGGCACAGAAGGGGGCACUCAGCCCAGAGCAGCCACUGGGACCCGCCCUGGUCACCAGCCCAACACUGGCCGCUCACAGACCAGCCCCCGCCCUUGGGCUGCCUGUGGCACCUUGACCAGCGUCCCCAAGCCGUAGUUGACGGUGAUCCAACCAAAGGCACCUUCGUCUUGCCCAGCCAGGAGCUCGGCACCCCAAAAGUCAACAGGAGACCGGCCCAGGACCUGGGUGACUGCUGCAAAGAUGUCCCUGGCCUGAGAGCUAUUCUUCUGUCUGGACACAGAGGACCAGGGGCUGGAGCUGGCUGGAAGCCUGGGCCCAGCCCCAGCCUGCCUGCCACCAGGGUGGAGACCAUAUUUCCUGCAGCCACUCCCCGUGGGUGCCAAGGCCAUGCCUGCCUCACCUGAGCAAUCUCAUGCCAGCUGUGGCCCCCAGGAAAGUGGGUGUUUUCUGAUGCUGGGCCUCUGGGAUCAGGACCAGUGCCUCCUCCAGGCAGCCCUGCAGGCUCUCACCGGCCUGUGCCGGGUCCGAAGCAUAGGAGGAGAUUCCAGGGCCUGGAACACACCCGGGACAGAGCUCCAGACUCCACAGCCUGGUUGGGCUGAAAGGCAGCCCCCAAAGACGUGACCACCACCUGACCUCUGGUGUGGCCACCAGCCAAGGGCUGCCCGGCUGGAGGUGGCAGGAGGGUCUCUAACCCGGAGCCUCUGGAGGGUGCAGCCCUGUCCACACCUUGUUUUCAUUCUAGAAUGCUAGGAAAUAAAUGGCUGUGGUUUAAGCCUCCAA